GUCACUAGUCAACCUGGUUUGAUCGAUCAAUCAAUCAAUCAACUUUAUUCAACGAAGGUAACAUAGAACAGUGCUAUCGAUGUGCUCGUGUUGACUAUCGAACGAAAGCGGCUUUGAUAUAAAAGGGUUUUUAGAGCUAAGGUUUAAAGAACUGAAAGAAGGUACAGCGUUCUUCCGUCUUAGCUUUCAACGAGAAAAUGAAACGAGAACACGUGCUGAAUUGCAACUUUUCUGUUUGGUAUCCAAAGUUCAAGAACAUUACCAUUAGGAGCCGGGUGAUUCCUCUUUCGAAGGAGUUCGUGGAUUAUCUCAAAGCUGACAAUGUUGUUCUGCCCGGUGAACCAGUUGUCACUAGAAAUUCAGACGACGAAAUCGAGAGUGAUUCUGACGAAUGGCAAGCUUUGGAAGAAGACCCAAGCGCACAAACCAUCUUUGCUCCCGAGUUCAACGAAAUUGACUCUGGAAUCAAAGAAGCUAUUCUCGAUUUGAAUGGCAGUGCUUUCCCCAAAUUGAACUGGAGGGCUCCACUGGACGCCUCUUGGAUCUCUUUUGACGGUACACUCAAAUGUAAUUCCCCUAAUGACAUUUAUCUUCUACUAAAGAGCUCUGACAACAUUUCCCAAGUAUUAUUUGAGACUUUUAAACACUGUGAAGACGCAGAAGGGGAACUACAGGAUGGUUUUGAACUUGUACUUCGGAAAUGGAAAGAUAUAAAUCCAGGAAUGGAAUUCCGAUGUUUUGUGAAAGAUCGCAAACUCAUUGCAAUCUCUCAGAGGGAUGUUGCGAGCUGCUACGAGUUUCUUGCACAAAACGAAGAGGACAUUUGUAAUGACAUUGCAAAGUUUUUCAACAAGAAAAUAGCUUACAAAUUUCCAGACAGUUCAUACACAUUUGAUGUUUACAGGUAUGCAAACCAGAAGGUGUUAUUGAUUGACUUUAAUCCAUUUGGUGCUCAGACAGACCCCUUGUUAUUUACAUGGGAAGAGCUCACAGACCCCCCUUCGACAAUCAGUGAUAAUGAUGAUGAGUUUAAAGGUGUGUUCAAGUAUGUGACAGGUUCAGCAGGGGUGCAACCUAAUCCUGCAUACCUCAGCAGAAUGCCAACUGACAUUGUGGACUUAGCAUGUGGUAAUGACAUGAAUAAGUUAGUUGAUCUGUUGAAGGCGAGAGAUCUGAUUGGUCAACCUGGUGAGGAAUCUGAUGAGAACUGAUUGAACGAAUCUGACUAUCUGACUACAUUUGCGAUUAAAAUAUUUUGCACCUAUUUUGCACCAGUUUCAAUGGCUCUUUCUACAAAUUCAAGAUUCUGCAUUAUACAAGCAAGAUUCUAAUUAUCAAUCCUUUCAGUGCUGAUAUGUUAAAAUAAUUAUCCCAACAUGACUCUAGUCUAUUCUUGAGAAUUCUGUGCAUAGUAUACUAUGAGGAUUUGCUUUUGUUGAUGAAUGUCAUAAUUAUGAAUGUCAUAAUUCUCAUCACCUGUCUGCCUGACAGCAUUUUAAAAUUAGAAGAAGAACUUAUGAGAACUCCUAAAGUUUCUGUAAAUUUAGAUAUUAAGGACCUUGGUCCCAACUGCUGUUUUUGUGGAAUUUUAAUGGGUUAGCAGAACAUGAUGUCAUAGCUGCUAUAUUGAACCUAAAAAAUUAUAUAGAGAAAAGUGUGGAGGCAACAGAAUGUAGAAAAUGCAUACUGAUGCAAGGGCAUAAAGGUAAGGUUGCUAUGUAAAUUUAUUAUCCAAUUGUGCUUCAUAGAGUACAAAUAAUGCGCAAGAUGAGUACAAAUAUCACAUGAUAUUUGUAGUCCAGAAAUAUCUGCUAACUUUGCCCACCCUCAAAUAACAAUUUGGCAUGUUGGAUAAUAAAUUUCUUAUUAGAUGUUUUGUUGUGUGGUAUCACUGA